AUCAUUAUACGAACGUAAUAUGACGGGCCCACGCGAUCUUAAUGCACAAAUAGAAAGCCUUAUAAACCGGCUUCGUCGGCGUCAAGUAGUCGGUUCCUGGUGUGUCUCUAUUGAGACCGCUAUACUACUCCGACAAGUGGUGUCCACUACUCGGUGGAACCAUGUUGAUACAUUGAUAAAACUUGUGAAAGAAGAUAUAGGAAAGAGGUUAGUUAUGGCUCAACCACGAGAACUUGCCGUAGGGAAUAUCGUUCGCCGCGUAUUACGUUUAAUACGUGAUGUAUAUAAUUCUGAAGUUGCCACUUUUGAUGAUCCUUCUGCUGAAGAUGGUGACAAAGAUUCAAUUACGGAUGAUGAGGAGGAGGAAGAAGAGAUUAAAUCAAAAUCAUCAUCUCAGAAAAUAAGAACUUAUAGUUUUUACAGUACAGCUUCCAUGAUAAAUUUACUUGGAGAUCCAUUAAUUAUAUCAGAAAUACAAGAGAUGAUUAAUGAAUUGGAGAAUACAUAUGUAAACAUAAUAGAUCAGGCCAUGGAGCAUAUUCAUUCGAAUGAAAUUAUCAUGACUGUUGGUAAAUCAAGAACUGUGGAAAUGUUUUUGAAAACUGCUGCCAAGAAAAGAAAGUUUUCUGUUUUAGCUGCAGAAACAUUCCCAACAUAUCUAGGUCAUGAGAUGGCAUUAUCUCUAUCACAGGCAGGGAUUGACACAACUGUAAUCUCCGAUUCAGCAAUUUUUGCUGUCAUGUCCAGAGUGAAUAAAGUGAUAAUGGGCACACAUGCAGUACUUGCAAAUGGGGGAUUGAUAUCUGUUAGCGGUGCUCAAAUGGUAGCUACAGCUGCUAAACACCAUUCCAAACCGGUAGUAGUUUGUACUGGCCUUUAUAAAUUAUCGCCACUUUAUCCUUAUGAUGAAGAUUCAUUUAAUGAUCUUGUUGCUCCUGAUCCAGUAUUAAGCUUUAAUGAAG